CUUUAAAAUGUAAUAGAACGGUAGUGCACAGAGCGAAAAAUACAAGCCAGCCUUGAAAUACUGCUAAGUUUCAAAAAUGGACGAUAGUACACUUCUUGUCAAUGUCGACAAAUGGAUUGCUGAAAACGAAAAGGCUUUCCUCCCACCUGUCUGCAAUAAGCUCAUGCAUUUCUGCCAGCUGAACAUCAUGUUUGUAGGAGGUCCAAACACCAGGAAGGACUAUCACAUUGAGGAAGGGGAAGAGCUGUUUUACCAGGUACGAGGAGACAUGUGCCUGAAAAUCAUAGAGAAUGGCAAACACAAGGACGUGCACAUCCGCGAAGGGGAGAUGUUCCUGCUCCCAGCGCGGAUCCCCCAUUCCCCCCAGAGAGAGGCAAACACAGUGGGGCUGGUAGUGGAGCGCCGCAGGCUUCGCUCGGAGGCGGACUGCCUGAGGUAUUAUGUUGAGAACAGUACAGACAUCCUCUUUGAGCGCUGGUUCUACUGUGAGAAUCUGGGAAUCCAGCUGGUGCCAGUCAUCCAAGAGUUUUUCAGCUCUGAGCAGUACCGAACAGGGAAGCCAAACCCAGACGAGCCCCUCAGGCAGCCCCCGUUCCAGCUCAACAACAUGCAUGUGAUGAAGCCCUUCUGCUUCAGUGACUGGGUGGACAAGCAUCGCCCGGAGCUGGCCAGCGGACGUCCCGUCGACAUGUUUGGGGCGCAGUUCGAGACGGAGACUGUGCUGUACGGACCAGGGGAGAGAGACAUGUCCCGGCGUGACACUGAUAUUUGGAUAUGGCAGCUGGAAGGAACCUCCCAGGUGACACUCAAUGGCCAACCGUACUCCCUCUCUACAGGAGACAGCCUUCUCAUCCCUGGGCAGAGCAAAUACCAGUGGAAGAGGAGUGAAGGAUGCAUCGCCCUGUUAGUUGUGCAGAACCCAGAGAGAAAGAGUAGCUACUUCUGACCUCUGCAGUCGGAUACAGACAGGAAGUGAGAGGGAAG